UCAGAAUAAACAGGAGGGGAAGCAUGAAGUUAGGUGGAGCUUCCCUGAUUGCACAGCCUAUUCAGAGACAGGUUGGACUGGUUUCUUCCUCCACAGUACCUACAUUUCCCUCGAGCUUGAUCAUUUUGUUUGCGACAAGACGUUAAAGUUUUUCUGAGCAUUUCAGCUUUUAGCCUGGGAAAGAAUUUCAACAUGCCCGAGGAAGGAGAAUUUUAUGGAAAGCAUGGCCAGCCGAGAAAAUAUGAUCCCACCUUCAAAGGUCCAAUCCAGAACAGGGGCUGCACAGACAUUGUCUGCUGCAUCUUCUUCAUUCUUGCUGUGCUGGGUUAUAUAGCAGUGGGAAUACUUGCCUGGUCCCAGGGUGACCCCAGGAAGGUGAUCUACCCGACAGACAGUCGAGGCCAGUUCUGCGGGCAGGCCGGCACGCCACUCGAGAAUAAACAAUUCCUGUUCUACUUCAACAUCAUGAAGUGCGCCAGCCCCAUGGUGCUGCUGGAGUUCCAGUGUCCAACUACACAGAUGUGUGUGGAGAGCUGCCCUGAUAAGUUCAUGACGUUAGUCAAAGUCCACAGCAACCAAAAGGACUUUGACUACUACAAAAACUUCUGCAAGGAAGGUGUGACUUCAUCAAUGGGUGUACCACAAAUACUCAGCGAGGGUCUCUGUCCUGCCAUGCUGAUGCCCAGCAAGCCCUUCACUCGUAGGUGCUUCCCAAGUUUGGGCAUGAAAGGUGGUGUGAUAACCGUAGGAAACAGCUCUACGUUUGAAGAUGGAACCGGAAAAAUCAGAAACGCCAAGGAUCUUGUGGAUGGAGUAAAGAACGCCACUGUGGUUAUUGAGGCUCGUCAGGUGGUGAUGAAAAUCUUUGAGGAUUACACACAGUCCUGGUACUGGAUCAUCAUAGGGUUGGUUAUUGCCAUGCUCACCAGUCUGCUAUUCAUCGUCCUCCUGCGCUUCCUGGCCGGCAUCAUGAUCUGGGUCAUGAUUGCCAUGGUGAUACUGGUGAUUGGAUACGGUAUUUUCCACUGCUACAUGGAGUACGCUUCCCUUAAAGGAGAACCAGGCGCUAAUGUGACUCUGCAGGAACUGGGCUUCCAGACAGACCUCUCUGUCUACCUGCAGAUCAGAGAUACCUGGCUGGCCUUCAUGAUUAUCCUGGCUAUCGUGGACGUUAUCAUCAUCCUGCUGCUGAUCUUCCUCAGGAAGAGGAUCCUCAUCGCCGUUGCUCUCAUUAAAGAAUCCAGCAAAGCCAUUGGACAUGUGAUGUGUUCCCUUCUCUACCCACUCAUCACUUUCUUCCUCCUGGUCUUGGUCAUCGCCUACUGGGCAGUAACGGCUGUUUUCUUGUCUACUUCUAAUGAACCGAUCUACAAAGUGUUCAAUGAGACGGCGUGUGAGUACUCCAGAGCAACGUGUAACCCAGCUAACUACUCGACGAGUCCCAUGAAGACGCAGUGCCCCAACUCCCAGUGCCUUUUUGCUUUCUACGGUGGAGAAACGGCUUACCACAAAUACCUGAUCGGCCUGCAGUUCUACAACGUCUUCCUCUUCUUCUGGUGUGCCAACUUCGUCACAGCUCUGGGACAGAUGACCUUAGCCGGUGCUUUUGCCUCUUACUACUGGGCUUUCAGCAAACCAGCUGACAUUCCUGCCUUCCCAGUGUUUUCUGCCAUGGGGAGAGCUCUCAGGUAUCACACAGGGACUCUGGCCUUUGGCUCCCUUAUCCUCUCAAUCAUUCAGAUCAUCAGGGUUUUGCUGGAGUAUUUGGACCACAAGCUGAAAGGAGCCCAAAAUAAGUUUGCCAAAUUCCUUUUGUGCUGUCUGAAGUGCUGCUUCUGGUGUCUGGAAAAAUUUGUCAAGUUCCUGAAUCGAAACGCCUACAUUAUGGUGGCGAUAUAUGGCAAAAACUUUUGCACAUCUGCCAGAGAUGCCUUCUUCCUCCUCAUGAGGAACAUGAUCAGGGUUGCUGUCUUGGAUAAAGUGACUGAUUUCCUCUUAUUUUUGGGCAAACUGCUCAUCGUGGGGCUUGUGGGGGUCUUUGCCUUCUUCUUCUUCUCUGGACGAGUGAAGGCGUUUGAGAAUACUGCUCCCCACCUUCACUACUACUGGGUGCCCAUCCUGACUGUGGUGAUUGGCUCGUACCUCAUCGCUCAUGGAUUCUUCAGUGUUUACGCCAUGUGUGUGGACACGCUGUUCCUGUGUUUCUGUGAAGACCUGGAGCGUAACGACGGUUCAGCUGCAAGGCCUUAUUACAUGUCCUCAACUCUUCAUGAGAUUCUGUGGAAGGACAAGGCUGAGGAUCCGUCUGGGUCUUCUGCUCUUCAGCAGGAGGCUGAAGACGACCGGAUCAAACCGCAGACGGAGGACGACAACGCUUAGAAACAAGGACUUUCACUGACUUUGUAGCACAGAAAAAUGCAGAUUUUUUUUCUUUACUGUUUAUCACUGUAGUAAAGAGCUGGAGCUUUAUUACCAAGCAGGAUAUUGCUUUCUGUAUUUUUAUCUCAGCGAAGGGCUGUAACACAACUACACAUUUAGCCUUAAAGUGAUUCAUUUCAGUUAAGCUUUUAUUUGUAAAGCUGUAAAGGUACUUUUUAAAGAUGCAGUCUAGUUCCUUAUAAUCUGAUGAAAAGAAAUCAUGAUUAGUCCAGUUUAUAGAAAAGGAAACCCUAGAUAAGGAAACUGGUGGGUCUCAUUGAAUCUCUGCCCUGCACUGAUUAACUUUGAUAGAUGUAACUCUGAUUAUUUACCUUUUCUGUGUCCACUAAAAGAAGGAAAUAUGGGAAAUGAUUAGUUGACCAUUUGCUAAACUCCUCCCCUAAUUAAUUCAGUGUGUUUGGUAUUUUCUGUUAGCUUUCUGAAAUUAAAUGUGUUAAUCCAAUGGAUAGAUAAUGCAGCUGGAGGUUGAAUUAUUCAGACUUAAAUUAGCCAAACGAUGCGCUGCAUAUGCUCCAGAUUUUUUUCAUCAAAAUAUUUAAUCGUAUAUAAAUACAACCAAAUUCCCAAAACGGCUGCUUUCAUUCACAUUUUUCUGUUUUUGUCAGAUGUCUAAAUGCGUCAGAAAUCGAUAUACAAGUAUGAAUACAAGUGUGUUACUCUGGAAAUGCUUUAUGUAACCAGGAUUUGUCAAUUGGCUCUCAUACGAUUUGUUUUUUCUUUUUUAAUUCAUUAUUAAAGUUUUUUGAUAACUGCAGUAGGCAGUUAUUAAAAUUAUAUAGCAUUAUAUAGCAUUGAUAUAAUCUUCUAAAUAGAAAGUCAUAGGUGGCAGAUUGUCUUGAUUUAGGGAUGAACAAGAAACAAACAAGCAUGAUGAUAAAUUCUGUACUGGAGGCUAAACGGCAACAUGUGGUCAACUUGGACUUGAAACAAAAGACUUUUCUUGCAAUUUUAAACGUUAGCAGCAAAAGAAAAACUGUCAGAUCACAGCAGUUCAGAAGCAAAGCCUGAUUCUUUUCACAUUUUCUACAUGACUCAGUAUGUGGGAGGCCGAGUUUCCUGUGUUUUUGAUCAACUUCUAACAUUAGAUUUAGCUAACAUUAAGUUAGCUUAAUUUAGCUUGCUAGCUUAGCAGUCGUCAUUAGCAAUGAAAACCUGAAGCUUGGUGUUUGUCUCUGUUAGAAGUCGGUAGCUUUUUCUCUAAAACCACAGUUAACGUUCACCUAUCAGCCUUUCAUGGGCUGUGUUUAUAAUUAGUGGGACGUGGUUUAGGAUAUGGUCAACUGAACACUUAGCAUCAUCCUAAUGUUAAUCAGAUGAGAUGUGUGUGAUUUGUUGCAUGAUUUUAAUAUGUUGUGUGGUCUUUAGUGAAGCUGAACUUGGAAUGUGUUUAGCUGCUCAGGUAAAUAUCUGGAUGCUGGAUGAGCAGCCUAUUCUGAAGGGAACUGUAGCUAAUCUUAGUUGUUGCCUUUUUUUCAUUAUUUUAAUUACAGUUCCUCCCACUGCCAGUAGCCAGUAUAAACUUGAAGCCUGUCAUGUGCCUCAUUUACAGUGUUAAAGUUGGUCAUUUUGCACCUUACAGUUCAAAUAUGAUUGUUUACAUUUAAUGUCACAUGAUCGUCUGUGUGUCCAGAUUCUGCUCAGUAAAGCACUUUAAUGCUCGCACGAAGCCAUAAUAAAAUAGUGUGCAGGAGAACUGAGGAAUCAGUUCAGCCUUUUGCUCUGUAGCAUCUUUACAUUUUAGUUGUGUAGAUUUACAUUUAAAAACUUAAAGAAAGUUUAACAGCAACAAAUGAUGAAAAAAAUGAACGCAUGUUGCUUAAAGUGUCUGAACUCUUCAUUAAAGCUGUACGCCUU